AUGUCUAAGAUUGUGGUAACUGAACCUUUCUACCUUGGACGAGAUGAUUGUGGCUAUUGCCAUGGCAAGAAAGAUGAAAGAUUUGCUAAUGAGUAUAUGAAGUCAAUCUUGGGCCCUUCUGAGUCCUUCACAAUUGGUGCUUCGAUCCAAUUCAUAUCCACUCAAGACUAUGAUGAUUUCAUGAAUAUGGGGUUCAGAAGAUCGGGAGAUUUCCUCUACAAGACAGAUAUGUUGAGAAAUUGUUGUAGGUAUUACACCAUCAGAACCAAUUGCCGAUAUUUGAAAGUCAAGAAAAAUCAUAGGCAAGUGAUCAAUCGAUUUAUCGCAGCUAUAAGUGAUAACACCUCCCCCACUCAUAACCUGAACAAGAAUAGGAAAAAUAAACCAUUCAAUUUGGAGGAUAUGAUGACAGCAGAAUUGAACUCAAAACGAUUCAAAACUCAAUUCCAGCCAUCCACGUUCACUGAAGAGAAAUAUGAAUUGUAUAAGAAAUAUCAGGUGAAAGUUCACAAUGAUCUCCCUGAAGAUGUUAGCGAAUCACAAUUCAAAAGGUUUCUCUGUGACAGCUUAUUCAAGGAAGAAGAAAUUAACGGAACUGAUGAAGAAUGGGACAGUCUUAACAGUUGGGUUGAAAAUGCUGUCAACAAGAAAAAUCCUAAAGCGCAAAGAUUAGGACCAACGCAUGAAUGUUAUUAUUUGGAUGGUAAACUUAUUGCCUUCUCCGUGAUAGACUUUCUCCCUAGUGGUGUAUCUUCGGUUUAUUUCGUAUGGGAUCCAGAUUAUGCCCAUCUAUCAUUGGGAACCUUGUCAGGGUUGAGAGAAAUUUUGAUGGUUGAAAAAUUAUCGUUGGAUUAUUAUUAUUUGGGAUAUUAUAUUGCAGAUUGUCCUAAAAUGGUUUACAAAGGACAAUUUGGUGGUGAAUUGUUGGAUGUCUGCAAUGAGACAUAUUAUCCAUUGACCGAAGUCGAACCAUAUAUAAAGAAUUCCAACUUAUUUGUUUUGGGUGCAAAAGAACAAACUCAAGAAUUCCACCUCACCAGUAAAUAUCCACAAUCUGUAAAAACGAAGGAAAAUACAAUACCCUUGGAAAAUAUUGUGGAUCAAAUCUAUAACCAACAAACUUUUGACAAUGCCCAAAAAACUGUGGACACGUUAUCAAAAGAUGUGAAAUUGACUGAUGAAUUUCCACCUGUCGUGCCUGGGCUUAUUCCGGUGGCUCAAUUACAAGAGCUUAUUGACAGUGGAAAUGUGGAACAAAUAACUAUGGGAUUUUAUCUUAGAAACUCGGGGAAAUUGAUAUACAAAAACUUUAGUGAAAUGAACCAAUCUGAAAGAAGUUCUUUCAUAAUUUGUUUAAGAGUAUUUGGUUUCAUCAAGGUAUCCAGAAUUAUCCUUGUUGUCUUAUAA